AACCCUGCAUGCAUGCAUUGCUCAUUAUCAUACGCUUACAGUAGCCACUGCUCAGUAAUGCAACGAUGGUUCAUGAUCCUGACGUGAUUUACCACCCCUUCCACAAACAGCCUUCAUACUCAUGGUUGGAUCAACUGCAUCCAGGGUACCCAGAACUUUAGAAAUGAAGAAGCAAGAAGGCUGCUAAUGAUAGUUCUAAAUGUGGCAUGCCAGUAGGCUUUAUGAGAGCCCUCCGCCGACCCGGAGUUCUCCCCUCUGUCAGGUCACCGCUCGCACGGGGCUUUACCUUGCGCUUGGUCAGUGCGCUUCGUGCUUGGGCGUUCUCAGCCUCGCGCUACGCCAUGAGCUAUCAAUGUCAUAAAGUUUUCCUGUCGUCCUCUUGGAAACAUCACCUAACGUACCGACUCUGGUACGGAGCGCAUGCAAAAUUCAAAAUGUUACGGAGGUUUUGAAUAGAUCUGUCAUGACAAACAGGUUGCCGGCAUGACCUCUUUGCCGGAAACUCUCCAAAUUACCGUCCUUUUAGUUCUCCAACUUGGAUCACCAUAUCCGGAAGUUACGCGGCUUCUAUGGGCCGGUGCGCUUAUCCGUACUCCUCCGUGUAAACAUACUCUGAGAACUGGUUUCUCUACAGAGAACGUUCUACGGACUUACCCAACAUUCGGCGGGUGUAUGAAGCGAAGUCCCACGUUGCUAUCUCCGUUCACAAUUCCCCAUCUGGAUCGUUCUCCUCCCGGCCCACGCACAGCAAAGUCGCGCACUGGUCCAGAUUCACCUCCUGCCUGUAAUAAAUCUACUGGGACAACACACUUGAGACCAGUGAUCCAUCUAUCCCAUUUCACCGUCGAAUCAUUUCAGGCCGGCGGGGCGGUGAUGCCCUUCGAAGAUUAUGACGAUCUUCCAUGCAAGACCCUAGCCCUGGUGACCUCACCGAGGCCUCGCCCUCCUCCACAAUAUAUGAAAAGAAGGGAUCGCCGUCGGCGGAGGAUCACUUCUUGGUUAAGAGGCGAUUAGAACACCUAUUGUAUUGUUGUUGUGGUGUUCUCCCGGCGUUUCUGUUUCUGAAUUUUGGAUCCCGCCAAGGAGACCUUGCUUUAUUUCUCCAGUUCAGUAUCAACGUUCCACAUAUGUACAGUAUCCUUUUCUAAUACAUGUUCAGUCCCCUC